ACAUGAAGAAGAAGAAAGUCAACAUCAUUGUGUCUGCCGAUGGUGUAAGGGUGGUUUUGAGAAAAAAGAAAAAGAGGAAAGAGUGGUCAUGGGAUGACAACACAGUCAUGAUAACACAAGACCCCAUCUAUAGGAUUUUCUAUGUGUCACAUGACGCCCAGGAAUUGAAGAUCUUCAGUUACAUUGCGAGAGAUGGACAGAGCAACAUGUUCCGUUGUAAUGUCUUCAAAUCCAAGAGGAAGUCCCAGGCCAUGCGCAUUGUGCGGACAGUGGGCCAGGCCUUUGACGUGUGCCACCAGCUGACCCUGCAGCAGACAGGGGAGCAGAGCUCUGAGGAUGGACUGGACACCAAUGCUGCCGACGCAGAUGGGGAAGACGCCGUGCCAGCCAAGACGAYGUUGGCAUUGUCUGAUUCGACCGACCUUGAAGCCACCACAGAGGAGAGCAUCGACUGUUUGUCAUCUGACCUGGACAAGACCAAAAGCCAGGACCUUCUUAGUAAAGAUGGGAAGGACCCAGCCCUGCAGCUGACCUCCCCCAGAACGGGGCCAUCCGUGUCGGACCUCUUGGCCCUGGACUCCCCCCGCUCAGUGGAGCACCAGGUGCAGCUGCUCCAGAGACUGCUCCAGCAGCAAGAGCAGCAGGCCCAGGCUGCUGCAGCACAGACGUGUGUGCUCCAGGACCAGCUGUCAGUGGAGGUGCGUGCAAGGACAGACGCCCAGGCCCGGGUCCAGAGACUCCUGCUGCAGAACACUGACCUGCUGCAGCACAUCUCCCUACUGGUCAAACAGAUCCAGGAGCUGGAGCUCAAGGCUGCUGGAGGACUCAGCUCCAUGGGCUCCCAAGACAGUUUGUUGGAGAUCACCUUCCGUGCUAAGCCCCCCCUGCGUGAUGCCCACACCACCCCCACCUCCAUGGGCCCCCAGCAGGGUCAGCCCCAGAUCAACAAUGGCCCAUGGGCCUCCACCCUAACAGGGUCCUCUCCACCAGGGACCAGGGCCCCGGAGAGCCUCUCUCUGGGGCCUGGCGGCAGUGCCGUGAGGCUGGAGUGCUUCCGCUUUCCCCGCCGCYGGGGAGAGGAGCCCCACCAGAACCAAGACCAGGAGGGGGAGAGUCCGAGCUCAGGCGGCCCAGACGGGGACUCCCCUGUGGGUGGAGAGGAGGUCCUUGGAGCCCUGGAGUUCCUCCGGUUCCGGGAGUCGGGGAUCGGUUCGGAAUACGAGUCCAACACGGACGAGAGCAGUGACAGGGACAGCUGGGGGCAGGGCGAGGGGGCGGGGCCUGAGGGCGCGGCACGCCUCUUCAACGUGCUGAACGCAGAGAGCCCUUCAGACUGUCUGGAUGAUGAGAUGGCUGUGUAGCCCUCCACAGCUCUGCUUCACUAGGUCAUAUCAUAUACAGUAGUGCUAUAGUGUUGUUGACAGUUCUCCUCCCUCCCAACU